AUGCAUCCUUCGUCGCUGCUGCUGCGUGUCGCCCACCAUGGCGCCAGCGUCUCGGCGUCGUCGUCGCUGCGUCUGCUGAAUCCUGCUGGUCUUGGCGGCACGCGUUGUAUCUCCAAGCGCGCGGCAGAGGAGGCGCGCCGCGAGUCCAUGAAGCAGCGCAACCGCCGCGCCGUCAUGUACCUGGCUGGCACAGCCAUCGCCUGGGUCGGUAUCUCAUACGCUGCCGUACCGCUGUACAAAAUUUUCUGCCAGAUGACGGGCUUUGGCGGCACCACGCAGCGCGUAGAGGAGUUCGUAGCCGACAAGCUUACCCCACGAGAGGACGCCAAGCCCAUUCGCAUUACCUUCGACGGCGGUGUGAGUGCCAAUAUGCCAUGGGUGUUCCGUCCGCAACAGCGCGAUCUAUUACUUGUACCUGGCGAGACGGCGCUGGCUUUCUACACGGCCAGGAACAAGACGGACAAGGCCAUCACCGGCGUUGCUACAUACAACGUAUACCCACCGUCGGCUGGCGUGUACUUUAACAAAAUCCAAUGUUUCUGCUUCGAGGAGCAGCGACUCAAGCCCAACGAGGAGAUCGACAUGCCCGUGUUCUUCUUCAUCGACCCUGAGAUCUGUGACGACCCGUCCAUGAAUGGCGUGCACAACAUCACGCUUUCCUACACGUUCUUCAAGACAGACGACGUCAGCGAGGACGAGGUAGUCGACGAGGACGAGGUAGUCGACGAGGACUAG